AGGGCGAGAAGGUAUCAUUUCUGGAAUAGCUUCCGUCGUUGAAACAACCAAGAACAACUUGUGCAAGUGCGGAAUACGAGAGACAGUGUAGAAGCAGGAGUAGCAAGUUAAAGUUUUGGGACUUUGUGUGUUUUUUCGAGCAUCGAUUCAGAUCAGUCGGGAACUGAGUGUGAUCGAAGCAAGACCAUAGUGAGAGUGCAUUUGCGCUUGUGCAAUUGAUAAGAACUUUUACGUAAUAAAAAAGUGAUACUGGUCAAUGGCAGCAGCAGUGAGAAGCAUGGCACUGGGACAGAACAUGCACAACAUUUUGCCGAACAAUUACAUUUUGGUACAGCAGAAACCGAUCAAUCACCACGGAAAGCGGCCAAUCGCUCCGGCCCCCACGAUGGUUACCAAUCUUCCGCAGGCCGUUGGCCUUAAGUGUAAAACAGGCAGCUCGAAGAAGUUCGCUUAUUGUGGGCUUCCGUACGCUCCCACACCCCAGCAAACGGCAUCGGUUCAGCGUCGCAACGCCCGUGAACGCAACCGUGUCAAGCAGGUCAACAAUGGGUUCGCGAAUCUUCGUCAGCAUAUUCCAGCGACGGUUGUGACUGCUUUGACAAACGGUGGACGUGGUGCCAGCAAGAAACUCAGCAAAGUUGAUACCCUCCGGAUGGCUGUGGAGUACAUUCGCAACCUCCAGCGGAUGCUCGAUGAGAACAGUGAAAACACCAGCCAAACGCGCCUGAGUCAGAUGUCCUCUUCCAGUUCCUACUAUGGCAGUAUGUCUGAGCCAUCGAGCGCUUCCUCGCCGGCACCUUCCCACAUCUCGGAGAACUCUUCCACCGGAACGAUGGCUUUCACCCCGAUCGGUGGAACAACCUUCAAGCAUGAACCUUACGAUAUCUACAUCGAUCCAGCAACUUCGCCUGCGCCUUCGUAUGCUCCUGAGUCACCCAUCCAACAUCACCAUCAGCAACCUCUGCAGCAGCAGCGCCACCAUAUUGUGAUCCCUGAGAUGACCAGCCUGAGUCCCAGCGGAAACAAUAACUACAUCCAAUCCGUCGAUGCGGUAUACAAGACUGAACUGUACCAAUCGCGCUAUGAGGAUGAGAUGAGCCCCCAGAAUCCGGACGAUGAGGAACUCCUGGACGCUAUUUCCUGGUGGCAGCAGCAGUAGUUCCAACGCAAACCAUCUUCUUCAAAGUGAUUUGAAAUGGAACAUCCAACACUGCCCACGCGCGCCCCGCUGUUUUAAGCUCGGCGAGUGACGAUGGUCACCCAACGCUAAACACAGCCUGAAAAGCUGAGAAUUUAAGCAAGCGUAAUCCCUCAUCCCCUAGUCCCGUGAGGCCCUCCAACGGGAGGGUACCGGAAGAGCAACCGGUCGGCACUUUGCGGAUCCCCCACUAUAGAGCAAUGAGUCUUAGUAACUAUCGAAACUGCCAUGUUUGUAUAGUCGUAGUAGAUAACACAAGCACAACAACAAGCAAAUCUAGUCAAACUUUUAGUGCUUAGUUAGAGAAGUAUAAUAGAGUAGAUAAGUUACAUCGCGAACUCGCAAGAUAGGAUGUUAAAGUUUUGUGCCUUUUUCUGGGGUGAAGAACCCCAACAAAAUCGUUAGUAACAUGAUUUUUUUUUCGAAAGGUUAACGAGAGAGCGACAAUUGCUACCAGUGAAUUUAUACCUGUUAAGUUUCUAGCGCUCUAGGUCAAGUUAUGUUUAAGAAAUAUUGGAAAUCAUCAAAACA